AUGGUUAAAGUACUGUCGAAACAACGUAGAAUUGGGGGAAAUAAUACACCCGCACCAUCUACUGGAGAAGUUGAACAUGAAUUAGGCCAAACAUUGCCAGGUAAUCGAAGAAGCCGAAGAACUUCCAUUGAUAGUCGAAGAAGUCGAAGAAGUCGUAGACGGUCAGCAUCUCCAUCUCCACCCCGUGAUGCAAUAAAUACUAAUACAAACAAUCCUAGUGUGGAAAAUCCUGAACAAAAUAUUGAUCAUGCUGGCUCUACUGAAACAUCAUCUCUUCAACCACCACCACCACCUUAUGAGGCCACAGAUGAAGCACGAAAUAAUUCUUCAGAAAUGAAUCAGAGCCAAGUUGUUUCUAACCGUGAAGUAGUUGUCUCUGGUAAUAUAACCUUGUCUCAAAACGACAGUAAUGUUAGUAUGUAUGAUGUGGAAGAUAGUCAAACAUUUCCUAAUAUGGAAACAAUAAAUGAAUAG